AUGACAGAACUCGCAAAGACAACUAAACCUCGGAUGUCCGGAGAGGACUACCUCAGCGCGACCAACGAGCUGUCCAAGCUGCCCGCAGCGAAGGCAAAAGUGGCUGGCAAAAGGAAGCAGAAGAAACGGAGACAGGGAAACACGCAGGAGGUCUCCCUGGGAGCAGUCUACCUCUCCGCUGCUUCCUCUGUUGGACACCCUACGGUGUUCGCUCCGGAGGUCACCGUCGCCACCGCCUCACAGCAGCCGCCUACCGCUUCGCUGCCCUCAUCAGCAGCGCGUCCCUUUUCCGGGACUCGCUUGGCUUUUAAAGGGGCACAGUCCAUUUGGGAUGCCAUACCGCGGGUUCCGCGGUUUCUGAAACGGGCAGCACCCCCCAUGGCUCCAGUGCCUGCAGCUGCUUCCCCGACUCCUGAUCUCCCCGUGACUCCAGAUCUCCCCGUGACUCCAGAUCUCUCCGUGACUCCAGAUCUCUCCGUGACUCCAGAUCUCUCCGUGACUCCAGAUCUCCCCGUGACUCCAGUGCCUGAGCUCCCCGCUCAACCCCCUGCUUUGCCCCCUGUUUCACCCCCUGAGGCCCCAGCUCAGACCCCAGCUGUCCCAGAG